AUGGACUCUACCGAUCGCUCCAACCGUGGUGAGCUCGGCAGACCGCAAAUGGUCAUUCAACAAUAUGCGCGAUAUCCUCCGACCUUGGAAUCGACGUUGCAGAGUGCUUCCUCCUUGGGAAGUUCUCGUAGUCAAAUAGAUAUCAACAAAUCGCCUCCCUUACAGCGAAGAGAAACCCCCAGGAGCUUACAGUCUUCCCCGAGGGGCAUGCAUUCUGCUAUACCCCCAUCAUCGGCCAAUCGCUCCGGGGCCUCCAUGUCUCCGCCAGUUUUUGAUCCUCGUCGCCAUCAGCCUAUGAAAGAUUCUGCCGAUCACGCAGAUUCCCGAGCUCUUCCGUCACGGGAUAUUACUGACGAAACGAUUGAUGACGCCUAUGUUUCAUUUAUCUUGUACUGCAAUCCUAAUGUUCCAUCCUCGGUUGACACAUCAGAUCUGAGAAAGACCUUCCGGUGUCUGCCGCGCAGUGAUGGAAAAAGCUUCAACAUCUUUACCCUAUUCGGCCUCAUUCGAAGGCGGCUGCAGAAUGAAGAGUUGAAGACAUGGAUUCAAUUAGCAAUUGAGUUGGGUGUUGAACCACCUUGCCUUGAAAAGAAACAAAGCACCCAGAAGGUGCAACAGUACACUGUUCGCCUCAAAGUACGUCUGCCAAGCUUCCAACCCAAAUUUCAUCUUGCUAAUCUCGCCCAGCGAUGGAUGCGUGCUAUGCAUAUUGAUGCUUUCUUUGAAUAUUGUAUGGGACUGCCCCAUUCUUACUAUACACAGCUCCCACCAUCUGGUCCUUUUGUUAGCGAAUCUCGCGAUGGUGUGUUAUUGGAAGAGGAUCUUGCACUCAGGGCACUUGUGCCACAGUGGAAGCCAAAGCGGGGAAGGAAAAGGGUCGAGGAUAGGUACACCGAGGAAGAUAGAGCAAUCAAGCGGCCCCAGUUGGAUACAUCUGUGGGCGCCCAGCAGCAGGGUAGUUUUCAGUCCCACUCCGUGGCAUUCCCACAGAGUGCGAUUCCAUUCAGUGCAUUUCCUGAUGAUGCUGAAUCCAAUGACCCCUGGAUACCGGCGACCUCAUCGUUUCCGAAUGGUUCAAGGCCGGACCAGCAAAAUCCAGAUAUACGCUGGAGACAUCCUGAACGGGAUGCCUCUCCUGCUAGUUAUCCACAGUCUGCUAUCAUUCCCCGAAGUCAUCUGCCAUCAGAUGUACUCAAGUCUGCGGAACCACGGUCCGCAGUUACUCCGUCAACGGGUGAAAAAACCCGUUCCAGAAGACGACAUGGCCCUGCAGUUUCGUCUGCUUGGCCGAAUAGCAACGGAUUAUCAGCCGGGAAAGGCCGAGGAAGGCCACCAAAUAAAGGGUCAUCAUCGGGUUCCUUUUCUACAUUCCAGGUCAAUCCUAGCCGGGAAUCAUCGCAGGCACCCAACCCUAAUACUCAGGCUCCUUCACUUGCCCUUGACAGAAAUCCGCCCCAAAUAUUUCAGGCCCCAACUCACAAUAAUCCUCCAACAUCUAUCUCUCAGGGGAGGCCCAAUAGACUUCAAUUGCAGGUUCCUCAACAUUCAGGGGCGCCUGUUAGACUUGCCUCUCCACCGAGACUAGUAGUCAAUGGUGUGAAUGGUGCUGUCGUUCCCGGGUCUGAAGGGUCCAAUGAGCCCCGCCAACAUCUUACCACAGAUACCACAAAAAAUGGUAUCACUACUCAAACAUCUUCUUCUGGUGGGCAAAGAAAUGCGGUCAUUACUCCGGAUCCCUCCAUUGAUGAGGUUGUUCAUGCACUUUCUGCCGAGCUUCUUCGUGCUAGGCUGACAGGGCAGACGGCUACUCUUGCUCCUAACGAGGCGGCUGCCCUGGCUUCGGAGAUGGUGAUCAAUUUGUCUUCAUUAUAUUCACAGUUUUACCUUGGGACUCCUUCGCUGCUACUAGCCUUACAUCUUGGUGUUGGUCAUCAUUUCGGACUCGCAGGCACUAAUCCAGGGUCACUGGUUAUCAAGGUUGAACGUGCGACCUCAAGCAGCGAUGAAGAUAGGAAUGCCCCUGCCACUAAAGAAUCAUUCAGUGAUAUCCGCUAUACCGUCUUCCAUGAGUACAAAACUUCAAGCCAGUUUUCGAUGCAAAUCACGCUCGCAAAAACCAAUCCUAGUCUGGGAAGGAAGGAUUCACCUGACCAUGCAAAUGUGAUUAUGGGCCCGAGUAAUGAGAAUAUUGACAAUGAUAAGACGGCAAACCUGGAUUUUGACGAUGAUGAUUCUAGUCAUCCUGUUUCCGAGGCAACAUGGAAGCAGCGUUACACAAGACUCCGUGCUCAGAUGCACAGAAAGGACCAGGCUUUGUCGCAAUACAAGCGAAAGAUCGUGGAAUCUGUCAUGGCAGACAUAUAA